AUGACACAUGGAGUGGAUUUCAUAUACGAGGCUGAGAAUUUAGAUGAUGAAGAAGCUCUUCGACUAUUCAGUUUGAAAGCCUUCAAAAAUUACAAGCCUCCAGAAGAAUAUGAGCAAUUGUCCAAACAUGUUUUAAAGUAUGCUAGUGGUCUUCCAUUAGCUCUUGAAGUUUUAGGCUCCUUUUUGUUUGGUAGAACGACUGAUGAAUGGGAAAGUGCAUUACAACGAUUAGGAAAAAAUAAAGAUCAUGUGACAAGAAUACUAGACUCUUGUGGUUUUGAUCCAACUAUUGGAAUAAGUGUUCUUGUUGAUAAAUCUCUUUUAACUAUUUCGGAUUACACCGAACUGUCAAUGCAUGAUUUGUUACAAGAAAUGGGUCAACAAAUUGUGAAGAGAGAAUCCUUAGAAGAGCCUGGAAAACGUAGUAGAUUGUGGGAGAAAGUAGAUAUCAGUCACGUAUUGACAAAAAAUAUGGGAACUGAAGUAGUGGAGAGCAUAAUACUUGAAAAAGAGGCGCAGCUGAGUGUCGAUGCUAAGGUCUUUUCGAAGAUGAUCAAGCUAAGACUUCUCAAAAUCCAUAACGUACAACUCCCCCAAGGCCUUGAAUACCUUUCGAACGAGUUAUCAUUCCUUGAAUGGAAUGGAUAUUCUUUAAAAUCAUUGCCAUCAAGUUUGCUAUUGGAUAAAACUGUUGAGCUUAUAAUGCAUUAUAGUCGCAUCGAACAGUUGUGGAAGGAAAUCAUACAACCUCUAGACAGGUUGAAAGUCAUCAGUCUCAGUCACUCCAAGAACUUGAACAAGACGCCAGACUUCACAAAAGUCCCGUAUCUCGAGGAGUUAAUUCUUAAAGGAUGUACAGGACUGAGAGAGAUUCACCCAUCUUUACUACUUCACAAAAAGCUUAUAUUGCUGAAUCUCAGAGAUUGUACAAGUCUUACCACUCUUCCAAGAAAGAUUAAUAUGGAAUCUCUGAAAAAACUUGUACUUUCCGGUUGCUUGAAGUUGAAGACGUUUCCACAGAUUGUACGAAGUAUGGAAUCUCUAGUGGAGCUUUGUUUAGACAGAACUCCGAUUAAAGAAUUACCAUUCCCAGUUGAACAUCUAAAGGGAAUUGUUUUGUUGAGUAUGGAAAACUGCAAGAAUCUUGUGACUCUUCCAACAAAUAUACAUGAUUUGAAAUCUCUCAAAACUCUGUCAAUCUCUGGUUGCUCCAAACUUGAAAAUGUACCAGAGAAUCUGGGGCAAGUAGAAAAUUUGGAGAAGCUUGAUGUAAGUGGAACUGCUAUAAGGCGACCGACGUCCUCCAUUUUUUUCAUGAAGAAUCUUAAGGAGUUAUCUUUUCGCGGAUGCAAAGGACCGCCAUCAAACUCAUGGUAUUUGCCCUUCCCAUUCAAUUUGAUAUCAGGUAGAAGAUCAGAUCCCGUCAUCACUUUGAAGUUGCCUUCACUGUCAGGUUUGCCAUCAUUGACAAAUUUAGAUCUCAGUGACUGCAAUCUAGGAGCAAUCCCCAGAGAAGUUGGCAACUUAGUUUCAUUGCAGUAUCUACAUCUAGGAAAGAACAAUUUUGUGUCACUUCCUAGCAGCAUCAGUCGUCUUCCUAAGCUUAUGAAACUUUAUUUGGAUAAUUGUCAUAGGCUUCAAUCAUUGCCAGAACUUCCACCCAAUUUAGAUGGCCUUUAUGUAAAUUAUUGUACUUCACUAGAAAGAUUGCCAAAUGCAUUAUUCAUAACACCAUAUCCUGUAGGAUACAUUUCUUGUGUGAAUUGCUUGAAAUUGAGUGACUACAAAGCCAGUGUGGCAUCAACACCAAAGGAAAUACCCAAUCCAGGUUGUUGGUUUACCAGCACUGUUAUUCCUGGAAGUGAAGUUCCGAAGUGGUUCAGCCAUCAGAGUGAGGGUUCUUCAAUAAGAAUAAAAUGUCUUCCAGACAUGAAGUUGAAGGGAUUCUUUCUCACCGCUGUUCUUUUUACCCGGAAGCAUUUUCCUGCCCUCAAUAAUAAUGCUCGCAUUGGUUUUCAAUACAGUCAAGAAGGGAGAAACAUGAGCGUUGACUGUUCAUUUCCAAAUAAAUUUAUCCACGGUUCUGUUUCAGACCAUCUUUGGCUAAUCUAUUUUCCAAUCCGCCACUUCCACAUUGUGCCGCAUAAAUAUUUUUAUGAGUUUGAAUUUUACACAUCAAAGUGCCUAGCAGUGACUGUGAGUAGGUGUGCGGUCCAUCCGAUAUAUGAAGAAGAAUUGGUCGAGUUUGACUAUCCAAGAGAACAAUGCAGUAGUAGCUCUAUUUCUGGGAAUAAUUUGAUUGAAUAUCACCAAGAUUUUGUUACAUCAGAAAUGGAUGCUGCUGCAACUAAGCGAAGCCUUGUUGAAUAUGAUGGAGCAGAAACUAGUGGAAUCGGUGAGGAACCACAACCCAAAAGGCGGAAAAACUCAGAAUUCUCUUGA